UCGAUUAUUUCUAGUUGAAAAGCGGCAGAUGUGUUCACUUCGCCAGUGUAGCUACAAAUAAAUAUUAUCUUGGACCGAAACAUCAACAUCUCACCCGAAGUUGCAUCAAAUACUUAGUUAAGUUUUCGCCACAGGUUUUCCAGGUCUUGAUGGAACAGAGCAGUUUUUUCCCGCAGUGAGAGGGAAGAAGCCGUCCUUUUCUGUUUGUGGCUGAAGUUUGGAAUUUGUCCGGCUCAGAGGGAGGCAGAGACUGUGGCCUAGAGCGGCUGCAAGAGGAGGGGAAGGAGGGAGGAGAAUGGAACGAGCCCACAGUUUGCUCCUGAACGAGGAGGCAUGCAGCCAGUUGGGAGAACACCAGAGGGCUGAAUUUGUUUUUGAGUGGCUGCGCUUCCUGAAGAAGCUGCUCCCUGCUGCAGAUAGGGCGGAUGUGAAGAAGAACCAGAAGUGUCUGGUCGAACAGUUGACUGGGAUUCUGAUUGGUUCUCCGGGCCCCCCGACCCGAUGGCUCCUAGCCCACUGCCUGGCCCUGCUCUACAGGGUGGGAGACUCACUCACCUCCAGCCACACGGUGGACAGGUGCAAUGACAUCAUCCGCAGCAAGGACGACUCACCCAGCUACCUGCCAACUCGACUGGCAGCCAUUGCCUGUCUGGGUGCCCUUUAUGAACAGCUUGGCCGUUUGCUUGUCAACACAUUUAAAGAGACUUUGGCAAAUUUGUUGAAGGCCAUAAAGUCUGCAGAGUCCCAGGGCCGCUAUGAGAUCAUGCUGAGCGUGGAGAAGAUCCUGAGGGGCCUGGGGGUCAGCGCCAUGCCCUGUCACAGAGACAUCUACAAGGCUACACGCGCCUGUCUCACCGACCGCUCCAUGGCCGUGCGCUGCGCUGCCGCCAAGUGUCUUCUGGAGCUGCAGAGAGAGGCUGUGUUUCUGUGGACUUCAGAGUUGGAGAACGUAGCCACGCUCUGCUUCAGGGCGUUUGAGAGCUCCAACUACGAUGUGCGUGUGGCCAUCUCCAAACUGCUGGGUACCCUGCUGGCCACAGCCGUAGAGCCCAAACAACCCACUGCUCACAGACAGGGCUCCAGACGCAGCUCCUUGGAGGAGGUGAUGGAUCUGCUGACUGGGGGGUUCCUGCGUGGUGGGGCUGGCUUCCUCAGGGCUAGUGGAGACAAGCUCAAAGGGACCAGCUCUGUUAGCAAAGACAUCCGCAUCGGCAUCACUCAGUCGUGUGUGGUGUUUGUGUCGUGUCUGGGCGGCGUGUGGCUAGAGGCCAACUUCUCCGCCCUGCUGGUCCUGCUCAUGGAGCUGGUGUCUCAAACACGGGCCACCCAGACUCCCGCAGACGCCGUGUGCUGCAGACGCUGCAUCUCCUUCAUCCUCAGGGCCACACUGGGCUCUCUGCUGGGGGAGAAGGCCCAGAUCGCUGCUGCCAAGGAGAUCUGCCUGGCCAUAGGCAAACAGAAGAGGGCCGUGGAUGCGGCCAUGUGUGAUGGGAAUGUGGAGACGCGGGUCACCACCACAGACGUAGCUGCCAGUCAGCAUGUGUUGGUGUGUGCCCUGCUGGAGCUGGGUAGCCUGGUACAGGGCCUGGCCUCUACUGCUGCAUCGCUACUCACUGACACCAGCACAGCCCUGCUGGACACUGUGAUCUCAGUUCUGCUCCACCCCAGUGUGUCAGCACGGUUAGCGGCUGCUUGGUGUCUACGCUGUGUGGCCGUGGCCCUGCCUUCCCAGGGGGCCGUGUUGUUGGACCGCUGUGCAGAGAGACUCAACGCCCUCAAGUCCUGCCCCGAGGCCGUGGCCGGGUACAGUUCCGCUAUCGCCGCCCUGCUGGGGGCAGUGCAGCACUGCCCACUGGGCAUCCCCCACACUAAAGGCAAUGUGGUGAUGGGUCUGGCCGAGGACCUGCUCCGUUCAGCCACUCAGAACAGCCGCAUCUCCAUCCAACGCACACAGGCUGGCUGGCUGCUGCUCUCCUCCCUCAAUACCCUAGGUCCAGCGGUGGUUGAGCACCACCUCCCCAGGAUGCUGGUGCUGUGGAGGUGUGCCUUCCCUCCCUCCAUCAGAGACCUGGACAUGGAGCUCCGCCGUGGGGACCACUUCACCUGGCAGGUCACCCUGGAGGGCCGCGCCGGGGCGCUGUGUGCCAUGAAGAGCCUGGUGAUUCACUGCAGAGAUCUCCUGACUGAUGAUGUCAUAGGUCGUCUCCUGACCCCCCUGGCCUGUGCUGUGGCUCUGCUCACCAAGGUGCCUACUCUGAUCAAAUCCUAUGGCAACCUGAUUAAAAACACCUCAGUAGUCUUCAGACUGAGGGUCUAUGAGAUCCUUGCUCUGUUGCCCCCAAAGACAUACGAAGAGAGUUUUGGCAUCGUGCUGAAGCAGCUGGUGACAGACAUCACUGGGCCAGAGAACGUGGUGUGUUCAGAGCUGACGUUACUACCACCCCUCUGUCACAGUGAUGACCUGGCACUACUGGGCCCCGCUCUGCAGGACAUGGACCAGCACUACAUAGAAGAGCAGUUACAGGGGAGCAGUGUUGGAGGAGGGACCCUGGAGUACGACACCUUCGCCAUCUGUGUGAAAUGCCAGGAUGUUCCCGCCCCCCUACCCCCGCCUGCUGCCCUAACCACCGCUGCCAUACAGCUCUUUGGAGUCAUUUUUCCCCACAUCAUCGUCCCACUGAGGACACAGAUUCUGGAACAGUUCACAGAGUCUCUGAAGCAGUUGAAGGGUGUUCGUCAGCAGACUGUCCAGACUCAUGUGACUGCCGCCCUCUGCAGUGUCCUAAAGCACCUAGGCUCCAGUCGGGUAGGUUUGGGUCCAGAAGAGGUUCGGAAGCCAGCUCUGGGUCUGUUGGUGGGGGCUCUGGAGAGCUCGAACCCCCUGCUGCGCUGCAUGGCUGCUGAGGGACUGUCUCGCUUGGUACAGGUGGUCAACGACCCUGCAUUCACCGUCUCCAUGACCCUGGUCAGCUUCGACAAGUUGAAGACAGCCCGGGAUGCUGUGACUCGUACGGGUCAUGCCCUGGCGCUGGGUUCCCUGUACCGCUAUGUAGGGGGCAUCAGCUCUCCCCAGCACUUGUCUGCCUGUGUGGGCAUCCUCUUCACCCUGUCCCAGGACAGCACCUCCCCGAGGUCCAGGUGGGCGCUGCACUCUCUGUCCAUGGUGAUAGAUCAUGCUGGUCCUUUGUACCAUGGCCAUGUGGAGGCUAGCUUCACCCUGGUGCUGAGGUUGCUGCUGUCUAUCCCCCCUACCCACGUAGAGGUCCACCAGAGCCUGGGCCGCUGCCUCAACGCCCUCGUCACCACCCUGGGACCUGACCUACAAGGCGAGGGCCAGUCUGUGUCGGCCCUGCGGACGUCGUGCCUGGUGGGCUGUGCGGUGAUGCAGGACAGUCCAGACUGUCUAGUCGAGGCCCAGGCCAUCUCCUGUCUGCAGCAGCUGCACAUGUUCGCCCCGCGCCACGUCAACCUGGCGAGCCUGGUGCCCAGCCUCUGUGGAAUCUUGUUGGAUUAUUCUAUGUUGGUGAACCUGUGCAGCUCGUACCUGUCUCUGCGUCGUGCUGUGGUGGCCUGUCUCAGACAGCUGGCCCAGAAGGAAGCCCUGGAGGUGUCUGAGCAUGCUGUGGCCCUUGUCAAGGAGCUUCCCCGCAGGGACAACACACAUCUUGAUGUGACCAUUAAGGAGGUGGGCCUGGAGGGGGCUCUGUUCAGCCUGCUGGACCGGGAGUCAGACCCCCGUCUCUGUCAGGACAUCCAGGAGACUCUGGUCCAUAUGAUGAGUUCCAUCGCCACGGGGAAACUGGCCCACUGGCUCAAACUCUGCAAAGACGUCCUGUCUGCCUCUGCAGAAUCCACAGCCCCGGUAGAGACCAACCAGGAGGAGGAGGGAGAGAGGGACGACGACGCGUCAGUCUUCCACGCCACGUCAGAGUCCAGCGGGCCCUUCACCAACCUGCGCUGGUCCACGCGGGUCUUCGCUGUGGAGUGCGUGUGUCGCAUCAUCGCCCUGUGUGAGAGCCACGGACACCCUGCCCACUUCGACAUGGCCCUGGCCCAGGAGCACCGCCUGCAUGAGUCCACCGACUUCCUGGUCCUUCACCUGGCUGCCCUGAUCCGCAUGGCCUUCAUGGCCGCCACUGACCACAGUGACAAGCUGAGGCUCUCUGGCCUACAGACUCUACUGGUCAUCAUCCGCAAGUUCGCUGCCAUCCCAGAGCCGGAGUUCCCUGGCCACGUCAUCCUGGAGCAGUAUCAGGCUAACGUUGGAGCUGCUCUGAGACCAGCCUUUACUGCAGACGCACCUCCUGAUGUGACAGCCAAAGCCUGCCAGGUGUGCAGUGCGUGGAUCGCCAGUGGGGUGGUCAGUGAUCUGAGGGAUCUGAGGAGGGUGCAUCAGCUCCUGGCCUCUUCGCUGGUCAAGGUCCAGGCAGGGAAGGAGGUGCCCAGUCAACUCUACAACGAGGGAACAUCCACCAUGGAGACACUGGCUGUGCUCAAGGCCUGGGCUGAGGUGUACAUUGUGGCGGUGCAGAGCAGCAGUAGACCGAGGGAGAGCCCCAUCCCAGGGCCAGGCCCAGGGAGGCAGGGUGAGCAGGCUGCUUCUCCCUUGCUAGAGGAGGACUGUGGGGGGGCUGGAGGGCCAGGGCUGCUGACGCUGGUCCAGACUGACCUGGCUACGCUGAGCCGUCUGUGGCUGGCUGCCCUACAGGACUACGUUCUCCUCACCCUCCCCCAGGACUACUCGGCACAGCUACCCGCUACAGGUGGGACAUUCUACACAGCAGAGACAGCGGAGCAGGCCAGACCCCACUACUGCAGCUCCUGGGCUCCCAUCCUCCAUGCCACGGCCUUGUGGCUCAACAGCACUGGUUUCAUCAUGGUGGACGACGGCCCUGCCAACCUGUCCCGGCCCGUCACCCCCACCUCCAUGGGCCAGUCCACCUCCCUGGCCUCUGUCAAGUCCCCUGAGGACAUCAGCUCUGACCGACUCCACCUCAUCCUGGGCAUCAGUGUGGAGUUCCUGUGCUCUCCUCACUCCCAUGACCAGAUGGAGAACAUCUCCUCCUGCCUCCAGGCCCUGCAGGCUCUGCUAGAGGUCUCCUGGCCCCGGUCAAAAGUCGGCAAUGACCAGGUGUUGAGUGUGGAACUGCUGAGCGUGCUUCACAGGCUGAUAGUGACGAGGGAGGCUCCAGGGGUGCAGCUGGCCGUGCUGGAACUGGUUAGACAGGUGGUGUGUGCUGCCCAGGAGCACGUCAAGGAGAAACGCCACAGUGCUGAGGUGGAUGACGGGGCAGCAGAGAAGGAGACGGUUCCUGAGUUUGGGGAGGGCCGGGACACCGGCGGCCUGGUUCCUGGCAGGUCUCUAGUGUUCGGGGCCCUGGAGCUGUGCCUGUGUGUGCUGGUGCGUAAACUGCCCCAGCUCAGCCCCAAGCUGGCCGGCAGCCCUAGCGGGGGCCAGGGAGGUUCGUCCUUGAGUCUGAGUGACAGUGACUGCAGACAAGUGGCGGCUGCUCUGGCCAUCCUGUCUGACCUGCCAUCCAUCUGCUCUCCUGACGGUAGUGUCUCCAUUCUGCCUACACUAAUGUACCUGUUGAUGGGGGUGCUGAGGGAGUUGGUCCAGCAGCCUUGUGGUGGUGGAGCUGGGGGUGGUGAGGCUCUGGGCCUGGUAGUGCCUGCAGCCCUGCAGGCCCUGAGAGCUGUGCUCUCCUCCCCUAUGAGUCGCUCAGAGAAGAGCCGCGGGGCCUGGGCCCACCUGCUGCGCUGUGCUCUCAACACCCUGCUGGACUUCUGGGAUUCUGAUAAGCCCAACCCUGUGGUGGAUGAGGUCAGUCUGUUGACAGCUCUCACCAUCUUCCUGCUGACUGCCAGUCCUGAGGUCACCACAGCCCAGCCAUUGCAGACACGCUGCAUAGACAAGUUUAAAGCCAGCCUGGAGUCUAAGGACCCUGUGGUGCUCAGUAGGAGUUACCAGUUGCUGAUGUCAGUGUUCCAGAGCAAGACAGGGGUGGCGGUGCCCUUCAUCCAGGGCCUGGGGAGCUGUGUGGUGGGACACCUGCAGGGGGUGGAGAGGAGGAGGCCCCAGAGCUCCAAAGAGCUCCAGGCCAUCCAGGAUGGAGUCAGGGCCCUAGAGGCUCUGGUGUUCGCUGCCGACGAGAUGCACCGUCCCCAGCUGGUGGCCAUUCUCCUUCCCAUCCUCAUCUCCUUUCUACUGGAUGAGAAUGCCCUGUCCUCUGCCCCCGCGCCCGCCCGCAACUUGCAUGAGUCAGCCCUGCAGGACCUGAUGCGCAUCGGCCCCCAGCACUCGUCCGUCUUCAAGGCCCUCAUGGCCUCUUCGCCCCACAUGAAAGCCAGGCUGGAGGCUGCUGUAAAGGGCAACCAGGAGAGUGUCAACGCCAAGGCCACACAACUUCAAGUACCCAGCAAGACCUCGCCCAGCAUUCAACUCAAGACCAAUUUUCUGUGAGCCUUUAUAUAGUGAAAUGAAUGCUUAGUUAUCGUGAGCGGACAAGAAACAGCCACACGUUAUAUUAUAGUGUCGUUAUCAUAGUAGCAUACUUACCGCAUUAGGAUUGUAAUAAUCACUAAAGCCAGGCACAGAUCAAGGACAGGACAGUGCAGUAUUUCAUCAUUUUAGUUUGGCAGGCAGUCAAAAUGAAGUUUUGGACGUUAAGUUUAAUUUCAUGGCCCAAUAGGUGUUCAUUUGAACUGUUUAACCUCUAUGAGGGAAUGACAACAGAGUAAAGACAAUGUUAUCAUUGGACGUAGAUUCCUAACCAGGGAGCUCAAAUGCUGCUGGUAGGUCUUACAGACAACAAAGGUCUGGGGUUGGAGUCGUAGCCCAUCUAGGGUGUAUUCAUUAGUGCAAAGUGUAGCAAAACAUUUUGCAACAGAAAAGUGCUUCUUAAGGAGAAAUUCAGGUAGGUCCCUCCACGUUUCGGCCCAUUUUUCUUCUGUGUGAAUACACCCCUGUUCAAUCAGUGAGGGAAACAUUAGUUCACUUCUAACCAUAUAAUUUCUAUUCACAUCUAAACUUUGCGUGGCAUCCACAUGCUUGGAUGUCUACAUUAUUAGUUUUGUGUUAGAUUACAUAUCAUUUGAAUGGUUGUCAUCAUAUUAAGUAGAGAGGCAGUAUGUAUGUAUACACACACACACACACACGGACACAAACACACUACCCGUCAAAAGUUUUGGAACACCUACUCAUUCAAGGGUUUUUCUUUAUUUUUACUAUUUUCUACAUUGUAGUGAAGACAUCAAAACUAUGGAUUAACACAUAUGGAAUCAUGUAGAAAACCAAAACAGUGUUAAUAUAUUUUUAUUUGUUUAUCUUCAAAAUAGCCGCCAUUUGACUUGAUGAUAGCUUUGCACACUCUUGGCAUUCUCUCAACGUGCUUCACCUGGAAUACUUUUCCAAAAGUAUUGAAGGAGUUCCCACAUAUGCUGAGCACUUGUUGGCUGCUUUUCCAUCACUCUGCGGUCGAACUUAUCCCAAACCAUCUCAAUUGAAUUGAGGUCGGGUGAUUGUGGAGGCCAGGUUAUCUGAUGCAGCACCAUCACUCUCCUUCUUGGUCAAAUAGCCCUUACACAGCCUGAAGGUGUGUUGGGUUAUUGUCCUGUUGAAAAACAAAUGAUAGUCCCACUAAGCCCAUACCAGAUGGGAUGGCGUAUCGCUGUAGAAUGUUGUGGUUGCCAUACUGGUUAAGUGUGCCUUGAAUUAUAAACAAAUCACAGACGGUACCAGCAAAGCACCAUCACACCUCCUCUUCCAUGCUUUACGGUGGGAAAUACACAUGCGGAGAUCAUCCGUUCACCCACACCACGUCUCACAAUGACACGGCGGUUGGAACCAAAUAUCUCCCAUUUGGACUCCAGACCAAAGGACAAAUUUCCAUCGGUCUAAUGUCUGUGACUUGAACUCUGUGAAGCAUCUAUUUUCUGAGGCUGGUAACUAAUGAACAUAUCCUCUGCAGCAGAGGGAACUCUGGGUCUUCCUUUCCUGUGGCGGUCCUCAUAUGAGAGCCGGUUUCAUCAAAGCGCUUGAUGGUUUUUGCGACUGUACUUGAAGAAAGUACGGUAAUUGAAAUUUUCCGGAUUGACUGACCUUCAUGUUUUAAAGUAAUGAUGGUCUGUCAUUUCUCUUUGCUUAUUUGAGCUGUUAUUGCCAUAAUAUGGACUUGGUAUUUUUCUGUAGCCCCCCCACCUUGUCACAACACAACUGAUUGGCUCAAACGCAUUGAGGAAAGAAAUUCCACUUUUUUUUUUAAGAAGGCACACCUUUUAAUUGAAAUGCAUUCCAGGUGACUAACUCAUGAAGCUGGUUGAGAGAAUGCCACGCGUGUGCAAAGCUGUAAUUAAGGCACAGGGUGGCUUUUUGAAGAAUCUCAAAUAUAACAUAUAUUUAGAUUUGUUUAACACUUUUUUUUUUGGUUACUUCACGAUUCCAUAGGUGUUAUUUCAUAGUUUUGAUGUCUUCGCUAUUAUUCUACAAUGUAGAAAACAAAAACUCUUGAACAAGUAGGUGUUCUAAAAGUUUUGACCGGUAAGGUGUGGAUGUAUGUAUGACAUUCUGCAACGUAAGCUGAAAGAGAUACGGCAUACAUUUACUGUCAUAAUGGAAGUGUUGAUGGAAAAUAAAAUGCUCCAGUAAAUUUAUUCUCCAACACAACUUAGGUUUGAAUUGCCAUGGCAAUAUACAGGAAAAGCAAUGUAAACUACCAUGUACUGAAUAGUAUUUUUUUUGUUUUGUUUAAGACUAAACCAACUGUCUACAGAGCAGUGUGUCCACAGAACAAUAAUCACUGCACUGAUGUUCUUGAAAUGGCAUUGCACUUAACAUACUGUUUGUUGUAGCUACAUGUCCAGCAAGCAAUCAAAACGUUAUGAAGUUAACAUUAUAAUGGUCAUAAUCUUAGUACUGUAUUAUGGUCACUGAGUACAUUAAAAAGGGCUGCAUAGGGAUCCAGUGAGCAAGUAGUCAGUUAGCAUCAUUACUAUCAUAAUCCUCUUUGUUUUUAAUCAAUGUUCAUGUUAAGUUACCAUACAAAAGUAUCCUGGAUGGCUGAGUGUGGAAGAAUGUAUGUUAAAUCCAUUUCUGGUUUAAAGGGACACUGAUCAGAAUGAGGAUUUAUGAAAUGGAUGCAAGUGUCAAUAUCAAUCAAAUGCAAUGAAAAGAGAAUUGACAGUAUGAUAAUGGAUGUCAAUCAUGGGAUGAAGGUUCAGAAAGUUAACGCUACAAAUGAGAGUUUCUGCAAUAACAAAUCUGGUACUGAGGACAUUGUCCUGCUUUCAGCUUGGCUUUUGCUCAGGCUGUUUGACACUUUCAUACUGUAGCUGUGUGGAUACUAUAAAAUAAUAGUCUGUAUGUAAUGUAACCUGUCAUUUUAUUUUGUAAACUGUACAAAUGAAAAUAUUGGUUGAAUAAACACAUUUUCUAAUGGCAGUGUUAUCAAUAAAGCCUACAUUUCCCUUAA